AUGUCACGCCGAGCUCGUUCAUUGAGUCGUCUUCGUGGUGCGACACCAGGACGUGAGGGAACUCCGUCUAUUUACGAGUCUGGAUCAAAUUUUGAUGGCACCGGUGGAGGUGGCUAUUCAACACGCCUUAAUGUUUAUACACCUAAUGUGUAUGGAACAUUAUCUCGUAUGGGCCGAGCUACUUCAGUAGCUCGAUUCCAGGAUGUCGACAAUGAAUUGUUCGGUAGUGGCUACAAUCGAUGGGAUCGAUCACGAUCGGUAGGUCGUUUCGAUUAUUUAAGAGCAAGACGUCCUUAUUCUGCAUAUGGUACACAUGAUUUCGAUUAUUUUGAUCGUUAUACAGAACGUAUUCGGGAUAAAACACCAAUUUCUCUUGAUAGUCAUUAUACUCAUUAUAGGCCUUAUUAUUGGUAUCAUACAGCACCACGUACCUUUUAUUAUUAUUUUCCAUACGAUGAUUGGCGUUAUCGACCACUUUACAACUAUCGUUCACCUGCACUUUAUUCAGCUGCAGGUAAUAAUUCAUUGUAUGAUUACCGUUUUAAUGAUUCAAUUGAUCGUGUAUCGUCGUUAAAACGUGCCAUGCGUGAUAUUGAUUAUGACCGUGAAUUACGACAAUUACGCUAUCGUACACCAUCAACAUAUUCGGCUCUUACACAUGAUAGUCAAUAUUUAGGUCGAGCACGUGAAGAUGUUCGACGUGCUAUUGAUUUUCGUAUUGGUAGUAGUGGUAUUUCGAGACUUGAUAAUCCAAGAGAUUAUUUUGGACGCAAAUAUGUUCAAUUUGAAAAAGAUGGUGUUAAUAAUGUCGGUGUUCAAUAUAACGGUUUAACAAGAACUGUAGAACAUAAACCAAGUUAUUGGAAAGCUGAAGAUAAUGUUGAAACAGGCUAUGAUUUACAAGCACAAAAUGACGAUACAUCAUAUAAACUUUAUGAUAAUCAAGAUAGAAUUGAUGCAAAUCGUGAAUGGCUUUUACAAGAUAAAGCCGGUAUUGCUCCCCGAAUGUAUUCUUUUGAUAUGAAUUCUCGUCAGGCUCGUCGUGAUGUUGAUAAUUCAUUACGUCUCGUUCACCAAUGUAAAAAUCCAAAUGAUUUCUUUCGAUUAAUAUUUACUUUACCUCAAUUAAAAUCGUGUCGAUUUCAUUAUUACAAUGGAAAUGAUAUUGCACUUCCAAUUACAACUAAAGAACAACAUAGUACAAUUGAAACUCUUGCUUUGUAUACCGGAUAUUCUUUGAAUGAAAUUCUUACUCUUACAUCUUAUACACCCAAUCUUCGUCGUUUGAUAAUACCUAAUGGUAUGGAUCAUAAUAUAAAUAUUCAAAGAUUAUUAUCAAUACGAUUACCAAAUUUGACUUACUUAUCGACACGUUUCUAUACUUUAAAUUUUCAUGAAUUCGAAAUUGUUAUUAAAAAAAUUUGUUCGACAUUGAAAAUUUUACAUAUUGAAUUUCUAGUUCAAGAUGUAAAUUUUCUUGAUGGUGAUUGUUGGGAAAAUUUAAUUUUAACAUCUUUACCUUAUCUAGAAGAAUUACAUUUUAUAUAUGAUGAAGACUUUUCUCCUGAUGAUGAACAAAUAUAUUCUGGCAGAUUAAAUUCAUUCAAUUCACCAUUUUGGAUUGAUCGACGAUGGUUUUUUGAAGUUGAAAUUGAUAGUGAAUCUGUUAAUUACAUAGUUCGUCCAUAUAGAUGGUAUGAAGAUGUAAAAAAUGAAGCUUUACAUUCUCCUAUUGAUUAUUCAAAAUUGACUCGACUAACUAUCAGUUGGUGCCGUGAUGUUGAUUUUAAUGAAAUAGUAUUAGAAUGUAUUAUGCGUAUUUUAACAAUAACAAAUAUUUAUCAUUUAGAAAUUAUUGAAGAAUCUGUAAAUAUUCCAUUAUUUAUUAGACUUCUCAAUGUCUUAACAGAUGUUGAGACAUUGAAAAUUCAUUCUAUAACAUGGGAUAACCAAGAAUUGGAUUAUGAAGAGUUUUCAAUGGCAAGUUCAACAAGGGAAAGCAGUAAAGUUAAAAAAGUUUAUAUAGAAAAUUUGAACAAAAUUGAUGACAUAUUUUUACUUAUGGCAUUGUGUCCUUAUAUGACUUAUCUCAAAAUAGAUCAUAUAAAUGUUACAAAUGAUAAUGUUGAAUCGAUUUUAAAUUAUUUUAUUGGCACAAGUUAUGAUAAUCAAAGAAAUUUAGUUCGUUUGCUUUGUUUUCGUAUUCCAGCUGCAGAUGAUGGAACUAUCAAAAAAUUAAAAAGAACGAUAAUUACUCGUGGAAUCGCCUGCGAUUAUACUAUCAAACGUAUAAUUGAUCAUGUUUAUAUAGAAUGGAAAUUAGAAUCAACUGUUGGUUCUUCAUGA